UUUUGGAACAAGUUACGGCAGGGAGCUUCAAACACUUUCGCUCGUGUAGAAGAUGACUACAUGGAUAUGUACCGAGGAGAAUAGUUAGAAGGUUGUGGGCGGCGCAACGUUAAUAACUUGGAUGAGAAUGUUGAAGUAUCUGAUGUAUAGAAGUGCGUAGAUAUAUAUAUACCCGUCAAUAAGUCUUUAAAACAAAACGAGCAUCACAUAUUCUAUUACCAUGGAAUAAUGAUAAUGUGUGGUCAUUAAGAAUUUCACGGGUGAAACAUGUCUCGAUUUGGUGCUUUCACUUGUAAUUAUAUGAUGAUGGCGGGUAUGUGACAGCCUCAUUUAAAUACGACACGUUUGACCGCUGUUGACGCUCAUUCCUUCUCGGAUACAACCUUGUAUAUACAUGGCAGUACCACCAGGCUCUGUGUCCCUGUCGCCAGCCCGGGGAGUCUGCGUCCAGUGUCGCCGGAACUGGUGCUGACAGGAAAGUCCUCACCGCAUUAUUCCAAUCGUUUCGCACACUAUUAAUUUAUCAUCUCCUGGAACUCCGGUAUAAAACGUGUAGCUACGGCUGUGUGAACUGCUGCCAUUAUAACCCACGUUGUGUAGUUUGUUCUGCCAUUGGUGGCGUGCAGUUGUCAUAGCUCGCUGUCGUGUCCCCAAUGACGGUGGACAGGAGAAUUAGAGGGAGUAUACCGCCGCCCAUCAACCUUCACACAUAAGUGUUUAAUUCAUUGUGUCUGUAAAAAGUGGACAUUGUCUUCAUUAUUGAUUGGAUAUAUAUCUACCACCAUCGGAUUCGCUUGACCACAUGGUGGACAACUGUAAGGCGAUGUCGGAAACACUGGUCAGUUCAAAGAUGCGCUCUGAAAACAACAACACGUAUGACUGGAAGGCAGACAACAGGAGGAGAGCACCGUGUACCUGUGCUCGGUAUACACAAAGUAACGCGUGUGCUUUAAAACACCGUUUCGGAGUUCGGAUACAUAGUGGCUUUAGGAGAUCACCAGAGCUGUCUGUGACCGACAGUAACUUAGAGGCCCCGUACAUGAUCGACAGAUCGUCACCAAAGACGAAGGCUGACAAAGCGAGUUUCUGUGAUAACGAAAUCUCGAGCCAUCCGAACGAGAUCUCGGGCCGCCAACGGCAGCCCAGCCCCACCACGUAUUCCGAGGUGAUAAUCUUAGACAGCAUACCCUCGGGACCCUGGCCAAUCAAACGAUCAGCUAGCUUGGAAAGCCGAGAUAAUCCAUUCGUCCCCGGAAGUGAUCUCUGCAAAGAAGCCGAGGAAAUUUUACAGAAAGCAACGAUAAUCCGGGAUAGAUUCAUCUUAAGUGAUGAAACAGGCGAUACACCGGAUGGGGAAGUGACGUCAGAGACAAAAUCACAACCUAACUUUCCUGGGAAUGGAAAAGACUGUUCAGUUGUGGAGGAAGAACUUUCCCCACAAACUUCAGCUCCUGUGAACACUGCUCCAAACGCUAAAGCUCGACAGAAUGGUAAAAUAGACGAUACCGUGUCUCCGACAGCUGUUAAGGUGGAGGUGGGUGGGGGUCAGUCAGACGGUCUCACCGUCAUUGGAGAUGCUAAAGACAAAAAGAAACAAAAGAAGUGCUGUAGCGUCAUGUAGCAUCGCCUGGACAUUUAACUGGACACAGCCAUUAUCACUCAUGUCCGUUUGCUUGUACCUAAGUAUUCAUCUCCAUACACCAUAUUAUAUCAAUAGUGGAAGCUUUCGACAUGCUAGCAGUUUUAUUUGAGGCGAACCUUCCAAGUAAGAUUAUCAGACAGGAGGACAUUGUCAGCGUGUUCUUUGUGUCGACAUCGGAUGGUACGAUUCCUAGUUUUACUUCCAACAUAUCUUCUUAUUUAUUCAGUCUCGCCUUUGACGUCGCAAGUGACGUCAUCAUGUGACGUCGCAAGUGACGUCAUCAUGUACGCCAGGCUUCACUCCGUCUAUCAAACCUGCAGUCAUUGCCAUUUGUGUUCAUCAUAUUGUACACGUCAUGAUUUGUUUACGAUAAGUUAUCUCGGAUACACUAUUACGAACAGUGCCCAUGAGAUGGAGUUAUUGAGACUUCCGUGCCUCUCAUUAUCUUCAAUGUCGCUCAUUUUCGUCUCCCUAAAAUGUUACAAGUGUUUGUACGAGAGGAUAUGUGUCAUUGAUGCCAUGUCCUUUCUGUGAAAUUAGAAAUCAGCCUAUUUCGAGUGACAACGGAUUGUGCAUUAUUCCAUACAAAUGGUGAAGGAUUACCUCCGAACCGCGGGGUGUGUGAUAAUAUGCUUGGUAAGUCGUGGUUGGGGAAUAUAACCCCAUGUGUGGGAGGUUUCAAGCGUGUCUUGUUAUCGAUGUGACACGCCCUGCUUCGUCACAGUAAGGCUGAGUUCUCGUCCAUCAUGUUCAAUCGACUUUUGCGACAAACUGAUUUUUUUAACAUCGUAUAAGUGAAUACCGACAAGGAGUAUGUUUUGUGAAAAGAUUGCAAAAUGGAUUAACGUCAUGCUUUGGGAAUUAAGGUGGAAGGAUGUCUGGCUCUACGUGAGGGAUAUUUCGUCAGUCGGUACGGAAGUGAUGUUAGUGAAGGGAUAACUUACUAUUCCCUAUAACCAGCAGAUUUUAAUCAUUGACCCUCAACUUUUCGAUUUUGUUUUGGAUUUGUAGACAACAUGAAGGUUGAUGUUUAGAGAUAUUUGUUAAUUUCGGUUUUAUUUAUUGUGCUGACUUAUUUUUCUGGAUCUACUACAAUAUUAGUGGUGAUGUAUACAGUCCCAGAAUCAUCAGAUAUAUUUAUUUAUUUUCCUUCGUCAACAGUCAUACUGUUUGUUUCGCGCCCUUUGUAAUUUUAUGAAGUAGCCAUUUUGAGACAUUGAACGUUUGACGCGAUAAUGACGUCAUAAAACUAUGCCACACUUUCAAAUAACUCAAAAUCAAACACGCAAGAAGAUAUAUAUAUAUAUAUAGGGAGAGGCGAAGAUAAUUUACGUUAAAUUAAAUAAUAUAUUUUUUGCAUUAGUGAUAUCUUUUGUUCUCGUGGCGUUUUGUUCCAUGUUUCCACACCGAAACCAGCAUGGAAUAAAAUGAUGGACACAUGUU